CCUGGCCACCAUGCAGCCUGCUUCUGCAAAGUGGUAUGAUCGAAGGGACUAUGUAUUCAUUGAAUUUUGUGUUGAAGACAGUAAAGAUGUUAAUGUAAAUUUUGAGAAAUCCAAACUUACUUUCAGUUGUCUUGGAGGAAGCAAUAAUUUUAAGCAUUUAAAUGAAAUUUAUCUUUUUCAUUGUAUUGAUGCAAAUGAUUCCAAGCAUAAAAGAACGGACAGAUCAAUUUUAUGUUGUUUGCGAAAAGGAGAAUCCGGCCAGUCAUGGCCUAGGUUAACAAAGGAGAGGGCAAAUCUCAAUUGGCUGAGUGUGGACUUCAACAAUUGGGAAGACUGGGAAGAUGAUUCGGAUGAGGACAUAUCCAAUUUUGACCGCUUCUCCGAGAUGAUGGAUCACAUGGGUGGUGAUGAGGAUGUAGAUUUACCCGAAGUAGAUGGAGCAGAUGAUGAUUCACAAGACAGCGAUGAUGAAAAAAUGCCAGAUCUGGAGUAAGGGAUGCUGUCAUCGCUGGGAUCUUGAGACAGAGAAAUAACUUCUGCAAGAUUUCAUAAUUGAGAAAAUUCCUGAGUUGAUAGCUCUAAAGGCAGAUGCUGUGUUUGCCUCCUUUAACCCAUUUUUCAACCUUUUUUUUUUUUAAGGCUUCACUAAGGGUUGAUAAUGUACCAUUGUAUGGGGCAAUUUAAGUCAGCUAAGGCAGUAUCCUUAUGCAUGAACAUUUCCCAGGAUUCCAUGAAGCAAUUGAAAUCCUAGGCAACUGAUAGAGCAGCUCUGAUGAGUAAACACAUUUCACCUAAGUCUUUCUUCAUAACCGUUACUUACAUGUUAGGAAGCUCAGCUUAGGGAGAGAGAACUAGUUUUAGAUCCUAGACCAUGGACUUGAAGGGGACUGGAACAAAUUGGCUGAUAUCUUAAACUGAUAUCCUGCCAUUCUUCCAGUGUACCUUUCAAAAUUAUUCCACUAAAGUUUAUUUUCAAAAAAAAAAGUACUUUAUUUACAUCAUUGUAUGUGGUCACUUGCCAGUGUUGAGGUGUAUUUUAGUUAAAACUAGUGAGUGCCCUAAGUUAGAUGGUUUUUGAAGCCUAUACAUUUGGUAUUGUUUGGCCCUUGAGCUCUUACAUCUCUUAGCAUGGAGCACAAAAAAAGCUAUACAUUGUUGCUUGAGAGUCUGUACAUUUUAGACCAGAUUUGUAUUUGCACUGUCAGUAUGGCAAAUGAGUGGAAAAUGUUAAUACACUAUUGG